AUGUACCCAAAAGUAACGGAAGAAUCCACAACAAUUCCCAAUGAUGAUGAAAAUACCGAUAUAUCUGAAGAGCAACAACAAGCAAAUUUUACUUUAUUGCCUCCAUCUCUACCAACCUCAACAUCAACAGUAUCAACAAUGAAUAGUGCCACACUGCUGUCAACAACAAAUCUAUUGCAUACACCAUCAGUUCCAAAUGCAACAUCAGGUAUAAAUACAUCGUCAGGUUCCACAGAACAUUUAAAAUUGGUGAAUUCUAUGCAAGAUCAAUUGACAUUCAUGGCACAACAACUUACGAAAAUUAGUAAUUCAAUUGAAAAUAUUCAAUUAGAAAAAAAUAACAAAGCAUCAUCAUCACCUUCACAACAAGAUGAGAUCGAACAACUAUUUGAGAGCAUUACAUGUUCAGAUGAUUCCUUUAAUUUAAAAUGUUUAGAAAUAAAUUAUCAAUUAGAUAUCAUCAUAUGUAUUCCUUGCUGCACAUAG